UCUGGGAAAGGCUGUGUUGUCUUCCUGACAGCCGACAGUCAACUCCAGCUGACAAAGUCUGCCAUGUUCAUUUCCAGCUAAUAUUAUUACGCAAGAAAUAGUUAUUGUCUGUUCAGAAACGGGAACGAUGGAGGUCGACUCAGUCUUCUACACUGACAAUAGUGGAAGGGUCAACAGUAACCCACUGCUGGACCAGCUCCCCAGCUACCAGUCCCUGCUGUACCGCAGGAAGUCAUCGGCUGCUGGCACCAAACGUAGGAGCAGCUCCAGAGGGAGACUUGGCUCUUCAGGCAGUGGGAAGUGGGGCAUUAACACAUUCAGAAGACAUAAGGAGAAACAGAAGAGCCUGAUGGAGCAGAGACCCGUCAGGGAACUGGCCAAGACCAUGGCGGAUAAACGCAGAGAGAAAACGCAGCGCUUGGAGGAUGAUCGAGAGCUCAGCAGAGUGACGCAGUUGAAGCACAACACCAGCAGGUAUCUGAGGAGGCUGAAGGAUGAUGCCCAAGAAUGGGUGAACUCCCUGAAGCUCUGGAGAGGAGACAUCCACCUGAUAGAGGGAACGUUCGGCACAGGGAUCCUGUCUUACUUCUCCUUCCUACGCUACCUGGUCAUGCUCAACUUGAUCAUCUUCCUGCUCAUGUUCAGCUUCGUCAUGCUACCCCUCAUCGUAGCCCCCAGCGCUUCAGGGAACAUCACCUACAACCAGAACGAGGGAGGUGUGUGCAGUUUUUAUCCAAGCAGCGCCCGGCGAGGUCUGGUGAUCUUUCAUGAGCACAUUACAGAUCUGCUGUCCGGUGGAGGUUUCCUGGAACAGACCUAUCUUUUCUAUGGCUACUACAAGGCGGACAAAAUACACUUUCCAAAGGCUACAUAUAAUCUGCCGCUGGCAUACCUGCUGGUCACCAUUGCCUACCUGUUCCUCAGUCUCAUCUGGAUUGUUAAAAGGUCUGCCACAGGAUUCAAACGUAACCUGAUUCAGGAUGAGGAUCGCUUUCAGAGUUUCUGCAACAAGAUUUUUGCUGGCUGGGACUUCUGCAUCACGAACGAGAAUGCCGUGAAGCUGAAGAGAAGCAGUUUGCUCUAUGAGCUCAGGACGGAUUUGGAGGAGGAAAGGAUCAAACAGAAAAUAGCAGAUCGCACUCGCAAAGAGAAGUGUCGGAUUUACAUCGUCCGCCUCAUUCUCAACCUUUUUGUCAUCUCCGUACUGGCUGGUUGCUUCUACAGCAUUUAUGUGGCCACCAUCUUCUCCCAGAAAGUACAGAUGGAUAAGAUAAAGGAGAAUUUCAUUGUGGAUCUCAUCUAUGAGUAUCUGCCCUCAAUUGUUAUCACCACGGCCAACUUCAUCACCCCCCUCCUCUUCUCUGUUAUCAUCAAUUUUGAGGACUACUCACCUGCCUUUGAGAUCCGCUUCACUCUCAUGAGGUGUGUCUUCAUGAGGUUGACCAGUAUCGGGGUCUUGCUCUUUUCUCUCUGGUAUCAGAUCACUAAAUGUGAAACAGACCCCUGCAUCUGUGGUUACAACCAUAAGCUUUAUUCUUGCUGGGAGACCCGUGUGGGCCAGGAAAUGUACAAACUCACCAUCUUUGACUUCAUCAUCAUUUUCGCAGUCACCAUUUUUGUGGAGUUUCCCAGAAAGCUGAUAGUGAAGCACUGUGACUGUGGCCUGGCUAAGUGGUGGGGCCAGCAAGAGUUUGCUAUUCCUCAGAAUGUGCUCGAGAUUGUCUAUGGACAGACCAUCUGCUGGAUCGGCACCUUCUACAGCCCGAUGCUGCCCGCCAUCUGCACUAUUAAAUACUUCUUUAUCUUCUAUAUCAAAAAGGUGUCAUUGAUGAACAAUUGUCGUCCAGCCACACGUCCGUUCCGAGCUUCCAGCUCCAACUUCUUCUUCCUGGUUGUGCUGCUGAUCGGCCUGGCUCUGGCCUGUGUGCCUGUCAUCUUCAGUGUGGCGCAAAUAAACUCUUCCCAAGCCUGUGGACCAUUCGUUAAUUACAACACCUCCUGGGCGGUGCUGCCAACUACAGUAUCCACGUUACCUCAUGGAAUCAGAACACUCCUCUUCGCCCUCUCGUCAGAGGCCUUCGCCGUCUCCUUCUUUGUUAUAACAUGUUUGGCCAUGUUUUAUGUGAUCGCACUCGCUGGAGCUCACAAGAGAGUCAUCAACCAGCUAAGAGAGCAGCUAGCCAUGGAGGGCCGAGACAAGCGUUUCCUCAUCCAAAAGCUGUGCCAGGCCCAGAGGCUCUCCUCUAUCAAAUCCCCAGGCUCCAAACCUCAGCCCCGCAGCAGCAGCAGAAGCAGCCCCAGCUACCACACCAGCUUCUCCAAUAACUUCAAUGAAAGUGUGUUCCUGGCACACUCGCCUCCUGACUCCUCCACGCAUCAGCUCAGCUGGUACGGAACCGGAGGCAGCGUGCUGUUGCUCGGCUCAUCGAGAGAUCUGUCAGUCAAAAUGUUGAGAAUUACGAUACGGGCAGACGUGGGAGCCCUUUGGGUGUUAUUCUGUAUCACGUAUUCGCAGUUUCUAACCGUGGCCUCUGAUGAUAUAGUGGUGGCCUGCGGGGGAUUCGUGAAAUCCGACGUUGAGAUCAAUUACUCCCUGAUCGAGAUUAAACUGUACACCAAACAAGGGUCCUUGAAAUAUCAAACGGAUUGUGCUCCAAUCAAUGGCUACUUUAUGAUCCCUCUCUAUGACAAGGGGGACUUUGUUUUGAAGAUUGAGCCUCCUCUUGGGUGGAGCUUUGAGCCGACCAGUGUUGACCUCCAUGUGGAUGGAGUGAGUGACAUCUGUACAAAAGAAGAAGACAUCAACUUUGUCUUCACUGGCUUCUCCGUCUCAGGAGCGGUUCUGAGUAAAGGCCAUCUCCUUGGUCCGGCUGGAGUAGAAGUCAAACUCACCCGAGCUGGAACGGAGGAGAAACUCCAGAGUGUGGUCACACAGCCUGGAGGAAAGUAUACCUUUUUAAAAGUACUCCCUGGAAAUUAUGACAUCACAGCUGCCCAUCCCUCCUGGACUCUGGAGCAGAGCGCUACCUCAGUACUCGUCACAAAUGCCAAUGCCCCGGCCGCCGACCAUCUGGUAGUUGGAGGCUACGAUGUCUCAGGGGAGGUCCGCAGUGAUGGAGAGCCCAUGAAAGAGGUCACCUUCCUACUGUACUCAGCCACAGUCAAGAAAGAGGAUGUUAGUGGCUGUAACACAUCCCCAGUGGAGGGGGCAGAUUCUGGGGACAGCUCCCUGGUCUACCUGUGCAGCGCUCUAUCCAGGGAAGACGGGACCUUCGUCUUCCCCUCACUGGCCAGCGGCGAGUACACUGUGGUGCCUUUCUACAGGGGAGAGAGAAUCACAUUUGAUGUCGCUCCUUCCAGGAUGAAUUUUAAGGUGGAACACAACAGUUUGAAACUAGAGCCCAUCUUCCGUGUCAUGGGCUUCUCCGUGACAGGCCGAGUUCUCAAUAGUGUAGGUGGAGAGGGCGUUCCUGACGCCACAGUGUCCCUCAACAACCAGAUCAAAGUCGUCAGCAAGGAGGACGGUUCUUUCCGGUUGGAGAACAUGACGGCGGGUACCUACACCAUCCGUGUCAGCAAGGAUCUCAUGUUCUUUGAGCCAAUCACAGUGAAGAUCGCCCCCAACACACCCCAACUUCCUGACAUCAUCACAGCAGGGUUCAGUGUGUGUGGCCAGAUUUCCAUCAGCCGCUUGCCUGAGGGCAUGAAGCAGCAGGGCCGUUACAAGGUCACUCUGACACACCGGGGCCAAGACAAGGCCUCCAGCAGGACCAUCGACUCUGAUCCUCAGGGGGCGUUCUGCUUUCAGGCCAAACCUGGAGACUACAGUGUCCAUGUAUCUCUCCCCGAGGUGGAGGUGAAAGCAGGCCUUGCUCUGCAGCCUCAGGCCCUGGAGGUCUCCCUCGUGGACCGGCCCCUCACAGACCUACUUUUUACCCAGUUCAUGGCUUCUGUCUCUGGAAAAGUCUACUGUUUAGCGUCCUGUGAUGACCUGUCAGUAACACUUCAACCAGUGAGUCGGCAGGGAGAGAGACGGACGGUGGCUCUGUCUGGCAGCAGCGACAUCCUGAGCUUCUCCUUUGAAGACGUUUUACCUGGGAAAUACAAAGUCAGUAUUACUCAUGAGGAAUGGUGCUGGAAGCAUAAGUCCAUGGAAGUGGAGGUUCUGGACUCUGAUGUCGUUGGGGUGGAGUUCAGACAGAUUGGCUACAUCCUGCGCUGCUCCCUCUCCCAUGCCAUUACUUUGGAGUUCUUCCAAGAUGGCAGCAAACCUGAGAAUGUCGGCGUGUACAACCUCUCUAAGGGAGUCAACCGCUUCUGCCUCUCCAAGCCAGGUGUUUACAAAGUCACCCCUCGCUCCUGCCACCAGUUUGAGCAGGACUUCUACACCUACGAUACCUCAGCCCCCAGUAUCCUCACCCUCACCGCAGUGCGGCAUCACAUGACUGGGCUCAUCACCACCGACAAGAUCCUAGAUGUCACCGUGACUAUCAAGUCAUCUAUUGAGAGCGAGCCAGCGCUGGUGCUGGGUCCCCUGCGAAGUCUGGAGGAGCAGAGGCAGGAGCAGCAGCUCCAAGAGAUUCAACUGCGCCGUCAGGAACGAGAGCGCCGCGCCGCUGAAGAGGAUGGAGGUGCCAGGGACGACAGCCCGCCUAUCCAGGAGAAGGCUGAUGAACUGACGGGUCCUUUCCACUAUGAGUUCUCCUACUGGGCCAGGGCUGGAGAGAAGAUCACAGUGACACCCUCAUCCAAAGAACUGCUGUUCUACCCUCCUGAGGUCGAGGCCACCAUCACUGGAGAGUCGUGUCCAGGUCGUCUGGUGGACAUCACAGGGCGCGCAGGUCUCUUCCUGGAGGGCAAGGUGUCGCCAGAGCUACAGGGUGUGGAGAUCUCUAUCACUGAAAGAGGAGCUGCUGCGCCGCUCAUCACUGUGGCCACCAAUGAGAUGGGAACAUACAGUGUGGGCCCGCUCCACAGCGACCGGCAGUACGACAUCAGCGCCAGUAAAGAAGGUUUCGUCCUGAGUCCCGUCGAAGGAACCCAGGGAGAUUUCAAGGCGUUCGCUCUGGCUGGUGUGACCUUCAAGAUCAAAUCGGAGGAUGGUCUUCCCCUGUCAGGUGUCCUCCUGUCCCUGAGUGGAGGACAGUUUCGCUCCAACCUGUUGACUCAGGACACCGGCCUGCUCACCUUUAAUAACCUGAGUCCUGGUCAGUAUUACUUCAAGCCCAUGAUGAAGGAGUUCCGCUUUGAGCCGGCGUCUCAGAUGAUCACAGUGGAGGAGGGUCAGAACCUCAGUAUCGAUAUAACUGGCAUUAAGACUGCUUACAGCUGCUACGGAGCAGUGCAGUCUCUGAGUGGAGAUGCAGAGAGGGAUGUGGCUGUGGAGGCAGUGGGACAGGGAGAGUGUAGCCUCUAUAGCGAGGACACCGUCACUGAUGAAGAGGGUCGCUUCAGACUCAGGGGUCUGCUGCCUGGUUGCAAAUAUCUAAUUCAGCUGCGAGCUGAAGGCAACGACCACAUAGAGAGGGCCUUACCACAACACAGAGCCAUAGAGGUCGGCAGUAGUGACAUUGAAGGGGUCAACAUCAUCGCCUUCAGGCAAAUCAAUCAGUUUGACCUCAGUGGAAACGUCCAGACGUCCCCUGAACAUCUCGCAACGCUAUCGGUGAAGCUUUACAAGAGCGACAAUCUGGACAACCCAAUCAACAGCGUCUCUCUGGGACAGUCCCUCUUCUUCCACUUCCCUCCUCUGGACAGAGAUGGAGAGAGUUACGUGCUGAUGCUGUACUCCACGCUGUCCCGCUCCCAGUAUGACUUCACUCUGCCUCAGGUCUCCUUCACCUCCAGCGGCUACCACAAGCACGUCACACUCACCUUCAACCCCACUCGUAAAGUGCCUGACCAGGAUGUUGCCCAGGGCUCCUACAUAGCUCUGCCCCUCACGCUGCUGCUCCUGUUAGCAGCGUACAACCAUGAGAAGGUAAUCCCACUCCUCUUACAAGUGGUGAACCGUAUCCAGGGAGUGAGGAGCAUGGCCCAGGUCAGCAGUGACAGCGCCGCUCUGGAUGAAGCCAAACGUCAGGCCAAGAGACAGAAAGCCAGGCGCACAUGAGGACCUGCAAUCACGGCUCACCUCAGACCACAUCUUCGCACUCUAAUUGGUACACCUGCACACAUGGUUACAGCCUCAGAGAGCACUGCGGGUUAGCUCAUAGGACGCAGGUUCACUAGAUAAACCUCUUAACGUUUGGAGUGGCUAAUUGUGGGUGCAAGUGAACUGUUUAGCUCGCUAGGAUGUGAUUUGGCCCCCGAGUGAAGCCCAACAUGAACCACUCAAUACGCAUUACCACCACCUCAUCAGCCACUCGGAUUCACUGGACUGAUCGCUGACAUUUUACAGGUUGUUUUCUUCUGUUGCUUUUUUUUUUAACUCCUUUUUUUCCAGAACACUCGUGUCUAAAAAAAAAAAAAUGUUAAUAUUUGUGAUAGAAUAUGAGCCAUUUUUAUACAUUUGUAAUUUAUCUAGGUCAACUAAAAUCUUUUGCUUGUGUUUUGGAAGCACUUGAAUGCUUUUGAUAUCAGUCCUGACAUAGUUUGGGACAAUCAGGCAGCGUGGAUGAUCAUGUGACUCAGAUUCCAGCAUUUGGGUCAAUUCAGCGAAUACACAAAGGAGACUGUCAUCAAAGUGUGGCUGGAAUUAUAUAAAAUGUAUUCAUAACUACCUAUAUUAACUUAAAGGGACAGUUCACCACCAAAUCAAAAAUAUACAUUUUUCCUCUUACCUGUAUUGCUGUUUAUACAUCUAGAUAGUUUUGGUGUGAGUUGCUGAUUGUUGGAGAUAUCGGCCAACUAGAUGGCACUCAGCUUGUGGUGCUCAAAGCACCAAAAAGAAUAGAUUUUUAAAAAAAACCUCAACAGCAUGUCUCUUUUCAGAAUCAUGACCUGGGUACUCAGGAUAGUCCGCAGACCUUGUUGCGAGCAGUUUCAUGUAGGAACUUUAUUCUUUAUACCAAAGUAACCACAUCACAGCACAGAAGGAAGAGUGCAUCUACUCAUGAACAAGAGGCUUGUGCUCAUGAUAGCACAGGAUGUAAACAUUAAUGGCGUCCUCCUCGGCUGAGCUGUGAUGUUAGCUAGCUCAGUGUCGCUAGCAGUAUGUGCAAACUUCCUUCUGCACCGUGAUUUGGUUGGCAGGUGUAGUGCGGUAGAAAAAUAGGAAGGAAGGAAAAAUGUAUAUUUUUUUAUUUGGGGUCGAACUGUCCCUUUAAGGUAAUUUAAAAUGUAAUGGUUCCAUUGAUUUCUAUGGAUCAAAUAAGGGUCAAAUAACAUUUAAAGCUUGUGAAACGAUAAUCAGAAAUAUUUUCAAAGCUUGUUUUGUACAUCACCCUUGAGGAAAAACUCUGCAUGAGGAGUUUCUGAAUGUGAAGAAAAGAUCUGUGUUUGUAGAAAGGCACCGUCAUCAAGGCCACUGUACAUCUCACAAUGUUAAUGAAAGGGAAAAAUAAUUUGUGUACCCACCCCAUGAUUCGGAUCCGCUCCAACAUUUAAUGGAUUCUUCCUUGGCCCAUGCUCCAUCCUUCCCCCAAGUUUCAUGAAAAUUGGCCUGGUAGUUUUUCUGUAAUCCUGCCGACAAACAAACUCUCCUUGGUAGCAAGGUUAUUACAGUUAAUUAAAAACAAACUAAAAAGUAAAACUCUUUAUAAACUUUAUAAAAUAAUAAAAAUAUACUGGAAAUUUGGUCAAAUCUGUUAACACAACAAGUGUGAGGAGGUACUGGUGCAUCUGUUUAUUCAGACUGAGGUGUCUACAUGACUCUGAGUCAGUUGCCCUCACAAGGUGUUGUGGUCGUAUUUUAAUAUCUAUGUAUGAACUUUAAUUUUACCCCUGAAAAAUACCCCAAUAUUACAUUUAAAAAAAAGUAGAACUAAUACUGAAACUAAUAAACACUAAACUGAAACAAGCAAACCCACUCUGGAAACUGAAACUAAACUGAAUUAAAAACAAAACAAAAAAAAUAAAAACUAUAACAACACAUUUUUCAGCAUGAGGGUGAUGAACAAGCUCUAUAUCUUUUUGACACUUACUUGACUCCGUACCUUUAAUACCAAACUGCAUCAGCCCCGAGCUGAAUUGACUUCUAUAAUGCCAUCACAAACGUGGGAUGUGUAACUAUGAUUGAAAGACAGCCAAAGACUUUGACAAGCUAACAAACGCUGUAUACAGUUGUCAGUCAUGUCACACCACUCAAAUAUAAAAACACCCACCGGUUACUGUAAUGCGCUCCACUUCUGAUGGUAUUUUAUAAGCUCUUAAGUGUGAUGCAAGAUUGACUUUAUGUCAGUUUCAGCUCAGGAAAGUGGUGGUCGAUAGGAUGCUGGAAAUUUGGGGUUUGAAUACUGUGUGAGAAGAUUUUUUUUUUUUUUUGUGGGGGGGUUGACCAGGGUGGGCGGGCUGGGGAGCUAUAACUGAUAAUUUAUUAACAAAUGUCUAAUCAGAUGUGAAUGAUAACCCAGUUUGUAUGCUGGGGAAUGUCUUUCAGAAGUGUGUGUGUUUUGAAAGAUGUUCUGUCAGAUGAAGUGUGCGACAAGUUAAUUCAAAGAGCAACAUUAAAUUUAAGAAGACUGACAUCCACAGAAGGGAGAAUGAAUGAGGAUAAUCUAACAGAGGGUGUGUCACGACCUUGAGUCAAACUUAAAAUGAUAAGACAGAAUUGUAAUUUCAUGAGCUCUUUGUCUUAUUGAGCUGUGUAAUGCACUGUGAAAACUACGCACCCCAAUUAUUUUUUCUGUGUUUAAUUCAUCUGCCCUCGGUUGUGGCUGAAAGAUGUAAAGGCCACUGACUAUUUACUGAGUUGAAAGAUAUUCCAAUUAGUCCACAUUAAGGGGGAGUUGAUUAGUUUUGGUUGGG